AUGUCUUCAGCUAAUGUUUACUCAAUCGAUGACUUCUCGCUUUACCUGAUGCCCAAGAGCGAAGCCCCCGUGUGCCCACCUUGCCAAUCCGGCACUCUCCCAUCUGUCUUCGAAGACGAUGAGGAUGAUGAGAUUGUGCAAGCCAUAAGUGUCCUCUCGAAAGCAAACAAGCUGAUCAAAAAGAUCCUCAUCCGGACCAAACUUCCUCCUCGCGUCAAAUCUUCUUCUUCUAGCUUUUUCUCUCCCAGUCGUCUCCGCUCUCUUACCUUAUCUUCCCAAAGCUCUUGCUCAAAUUAG